AUGCCUGAGGAGCCAGAGGCUGCUCCACUCUAUGAGGUUGAUGAGGAGGUGCUGGCAUCGAAAGCGGACAGUGGCCUCCUCUGGCUUGCAAUCGAAGGCGUCGUCUAUGACCUCUCGCAGUGGCACGAACACCCAGGAGGUACGGAAGUGCUGCGUCGGUUUGCCGGCAAAGAUGCAACAGCAGAGUUUCAGAAGGCCUGCCAGUGCAAAACUUCACUUGCUUCCGUGUCUCGAUACCAGGUGGGGGUUCUGAGACUUCCGCCUCAUGAGUACCGCAUCUUUGAACAUCCUGUAGAGGAAGGCGAGAUGCGAAGGCUGCUGACGUUCGCCCUGCCGAGCCUUAUCAUUGGCAUUGUUGGGCUGAAGGUCUUCACAGGGGAGGUUGCUGAGGCGAGUCAAAGCCUUGGGGUGCUCCCGGGGCUGCUGGUAGCAGUAGGGGCGGGGACUUUUGGUAUCCUCACGCCCAUGAGGCGACGCCUUGGCGGUAGCAGCGUGGGCAGCUCCAGUGGUUGGCACGCCCACAUUAUCGCACUUGGCAUUACUGCCCUGUGCGGAAUCCUUCCCAUCGCCGCCUCCUCAAGCUGGACGUCGCUUGGAGGCGCCGCAUCUCAAGGUCUUGAGCUGUUGUCCUUGGGCUUGUUUGCUGCGGAGACCAUGCUGGCACCUGCCAUGCCGCUUCCUACGGUCCCUGCACUUCUGUGUCUCUUCAGUUGGUAUGAUCGAGGCUUGCGACCGGCUGACUUCUUUCAUGAAGGCAUCUACAAUCCUUGGCGCUGGUGCAUGGCCUGUGUGGCCUUGAUCGUGCUCCUAACGCGCCUUGCCGAUGGCCGUGCCGCCUGUGCGAGAAGGGCGCUGGCUCUCACCAGUCUCUACGCUUCUGCCGGGGUUUGUCUCUACGUGGCACUACAGCCAGAUGCAAGCGAGCUCCGUCAAAUCUUCACAGCGUCUCCUCUGAGAAUGGGUGGUUUGCUGGUUUUUGCCAGCUUUGCCUCGAUGUUGGCCCAGUUGGCUUUGCUGGACAUGGCCCUGCGCUGCUCAUCAAGCUUCGCAACGCGUUGUGUGGCCUUUACGCUGGCACUUCUCAACUUUGCCCUCUACGGGCUCUCCAGUUGGCGCUGGCUGCUGGCUGCGGGCGUGGUCCUGCACUUCUUGGAGCUGUCGAGGCACCACCGCGGGCGAUUGGAUCAGGCGGCCACGGCUGGACGAUUUGCGGAGCUACCUUGGCACUUCCUCGGAGCACAGGCGCUGUGGGACAGUGGUCGCGUGUCUGUCCUGGGCUACCUGUGGAGGGCCACUGUGUGCAAUCUGCAGAAUGUUGUCACAUCGAUCAUCCCUGAUGAGCUGCGGGUUUACGCUUGUGAGGCGCCAGUUCCGUACUAUGGCGAGAAUGUUGCCAUGGGCCUAGCAGCCCAGUAUGUUCCGCCCAAGGCACGGGGCAAAGACCGCCGCAGGCCAAACUUCUUCGUAUGCAACGUGGGUCAGAUCGUGGAGUCGGCCCUCCCAGACCUGCAGCAUACCAUGAACACGCUCGUCGACGUUUGGGGCGAGUUCCACGAUCCUACCCUUCCGGGCCUCUGCGCAAAUGUCGUCAUGGUGUUCCCCACCUCCGGUCAAGGAUGGGCUAAGGAGAUCAACCUGUCUGUCUGGGAGUCUGGCAAGGAUGCUUUUGACUGGUACGUGAAGAGCAAGGGGCACAAGAAGGCCUUGAUGGAGCAUACAUCUGGCAUCUUGCGCACGUUUGGUAACCUCCUCGCUUCGCUGGAGCCUGCAGAACCCAUCAAGUACCAGGACAGAUGUCGGCGGUGCGGACGAACUGUGGAGGCGGCUCCUGGCCAGCCGGCGCAGCCUGCCUGCCCAGUAUGCGGUGCCGGCACUUUCCGCUACAACCUCUUCUGA